AUGUUAAGAAUUCUAGAAAGAGUCGCUUGGCCCAUUACUGGAGCUGUAGGCCGAGGGUCAGUUACAGAACGGCUCCGGUCUAAUGGAGCUGAGCUUUUCAGGGUGACUGAGUAUGAGCGAUAUGUUUGCUUCGAGGAUGGCCUCAAGGAUAAUCUGAGUGUUUUGAUAGCUCCACAGAGGGAGCAAGACUUUGCUGCACUUGUUGAUAAGGCGAAGAUCACUAAGGAAGUAAAGUGCGCUGAGCACCAGAACCGGGAGAGAGGUAGGAGCAAGAGGGAUUCGGAGCCCUCGAGUUCCGUUCAAAGGCUUAAGAAAAAGGUAAAAGUUGAUGGGCUUAUCAAAGUUGGGGCUCAUAUUACUGCUACUGGACAGCCGUCAUGUACUGACUGUGGUAGACUCUAUCAAGGAGAGUGUUGGAAAAGAACUGGGGCUUGUUUGAGGUGCAAUUUAUUAGGGCACUGUAUUAAAGAGUGUCCGUGGAAGUCGAAUCAUAUGCAAGCUCCGGGUACUGUAUCGGGGAGAGGUGCUGGUCAUACUGAGGUGAAGCAGCCGACUCUAGUUUAUGAUGCACUUCACCGAGAGGAUGGAGAUGCUCCAGACGUCAGCACAGAUAUAGAAUCCACUCACUCCUAUAGAGCUUGUACUAUGUCUGAGAACUUAGGUAUGUUGGUUGAAAGUACUACAAGUGAGGUGGCUGUACUGAGUCUGCUGGGGCAAUCAAUAAGGCACCGAGUGAGCUCAGAUUGUGCUACAAAAAGAAUUGUACAGAGAAUGAAGGAGGACAGCGAGGUAGUCGUAAUUGGGGAACGUCAGGACUACUUAUCAAAUAUGAUUUCUGCACUGAGGGCAAAAAAGUUGGUUCGCAAGGGAUAUGAGACAUUUUUUUCUGAGGAGCUGCCUAGGUUACCUCCGAGUCGUGAAGUAGAGUUUGGGAUUGAGCUCCUUCCUGGUAUAGCUCUGAUGUCCAUCGCCCCUUAUAGAAUGGCACCAAAUGAGCUCGUAGAGCUCAAGGCUCAGAUUCAAAAACUUUUGGAUCGUGGGUUCAUCCACCCUAGUGUGUCUUCAUAG